CUGAAUGAAGGAAGGAAUACGGAUUUCAGAGAUACACAUAGCAGUUAUGAGAGUCAAUGGUGUUGGGUAAGAUUGUUGUUCUUCAGCAACACAUUCAGCUGUAGAGCCAGAGAGAUAGAGAAGCAGAAAUGGAGUGGUGCGACUCGAUGCCGAAAGUGGAGCUUCAUGCUCAUCUCAAUGGCUCCAUCAGAGAUUCUACUUUACUGGAGCUUGCCAGAGAGUUGGGUGAGAAGGGCGUCUUAGUUUUUUCUGAUUUCGAGCAUGUCAUCCUCAAAAGUGACCGUUCUCUUGUUGAAGUGUUCAAGUUGUUUGACCUGAUCCACAUGGUCACCACUGAUCAUACAACUAUUACAAGAAUCACCAGAGAAGUUAUUGAAGACUUUGCUUCUGAGAAUGUUGUUUACCUUGAGUUAAGAACAACUCCGAAGAAAAACAAGUCAAUUGGAAUGACCAAACGGUCAUACAUGGAAGCAGUUGUGGAAGGUUUGAAAAGUAUCAGUAGCGUCGAUGUUGCUUUCAUGCCACAUGAUGUUGAUGCCCGAAGUUCGUUGAAUUCUCUGCCUGUAGACAACGCUAGAAAUGUUACUCCAAGAAAAAGGAUAUAUGUUAGACUUCUUUUGAGCAUUGACCGACGAGAGACGACUGAGGAUGCCAUGGAAACUGUGAAACUUGCACUGGAAUUGAAAGAUGUGGGAGUAGUUGGUAUUGAUCUUUCAGGAAAUCCAAUUGUGGGUGAAUGGACCACCUUUUUGCCUGCUCUUCAAUUUGCAAAAGAAAAUGGCCUUGACAUAACACUUCACUGUGGCGAGGUACCUAAUCCGAAGGAGAUACAAGCUAUGUUAGACUUUUGGCCUCAGAGGGUUGGCCAUGCGUGUUUCUUUCAAGGAGAAGAUUGGGAGAAUCUGAAACGUUUGAACAUUCCGGUUGAAAUUUGCUUCACAUCCAACCUCAGGACCAAUUCAAUCUCUUCAAUAGAUGUUCAUCACUUUGCUGACUUGUAUAAAGCAAACCAUCCUUUAGUAAUCUGCACUGAUGAUUCUGGGGUUUUCUCCACCAGCGUUUCAAAAGAAUACAGUUUGGCAGCCUCUGCGUUUGGUCUUGGAAAAAAGGAAAUAUUUCAGCUGGCAAGAGAUGCUAUUGAAUUCAUAUUUGCAGAGGAUGAAGUAAAGACUAUUCUGAAACAGAUGUUCGAUUCUUUCGUAACGAACCUGGCUCGAUAAUCAUAAAGUGCAUUUGAGAUGCGCGGGAGCAAUUAAUCAUGGUUUUUGUGUUGGAGGGCACACUACACAUAAAUUUCUGAAGCCAUAUUCAGCAUUCUUGGAUGAUUAAUGGAGAUCUGAUCAAUUGAAAUGGCUUCUACUUGUCUGGUCUUGUCUGUUCCCUGACCCUCUACUAUUUCUCUUCUGAACACUUCCUGUUAAUUUAGAUAUAGGUUUUAGAAUUGGUUCACUUGCUAUUUGAGACAAAUUUCUUUCUCACUUCUAGAGCCAAAAACAGUUUCAAGCUUCAGAGUUAUAAGUGAUAAAAGAAAAAGAGAAAAGAACGCUGUAGUUUUCAGUUUAUUAUGUGACUUAAAUAAAAGAAUAAAAUUACAGCAUGUUGUGACUCAAGAUUGAACCUUUUUUGUGGAUUAGAUAGAAAUGGUACAUCUGAGGUAUGCCAUUUAAGGUCAUAAGGGCGGAUCUAGCAUCACCACUGAAUGAGAACUCUAAAUCAUCCUUACCCUGUUAGGAAUACUAAACUGAUGGCAAGGAGCAAAAAGCAAGAUAACAAUGGGCAGGCUCCUGUUUGGUUCUCUGGUUUAUAAUUAUAGAAGAAAGAAAUUAUGAGAAACGCUCAGGAAACCCAUGAGGGCAUGCCUGUGCUAAUGAUGGCCAAACAAGUCAAAAGAGAUCUUAAGAAAGACAUUAUAAUGGAGAAACAUGCCUCCAGAGCAAAUAACAAGUAGAGUAUGAUGUCCAUUUGGCUCCCAGUAUCCACCAAUCACGCAGUAACUUCAUAUUAUCAACUUUAUGUAAAGUAAAAUUCAUCAAACAAGGAGAUGGAUGGCCUAAACUCAAAGCAACCCCGAAAGUCAUCGAGAAAAGGGUAUGUGAGAAGGCAUUAGAAUGUAUAAAGGGAUGAGCAGAAGCAGAAGCUUCUCUGAGAAAAUGGAUGGUAUUGCUCCACUUGCAAUUGGCACGCGAGGCACUGUGGGGUCGCUGGUGAUGAAGGAGAUUGAGUACUUCACCAAGUUUGAGGUGGAACGCCAUGGCAGCUCUCAGAGGAUAAGUGGAGAUGCUUCGAGGAGAAGCGAUUGUAAGGGAAGCUUUUGGCUUGUGUCCUUGACUUGGAAGUGGAAGAAGAGAAAAGGCAAUAAUGGGAUUCUCCCUAACAUUUGCAGUGCUGUUGAAUUGUCAAAAAGCAAUCGCUUCAAUGGGAUUCCUGGUUUCAGUUACAGGAUUCUCAAACACGACUUUCCCAUUUGAUCUUCAUUUUGUGCUUCAUUUCGAGGAUUGCAGCGUUUUUUCUUUACGGGAGAAGGAAAUUAAGCCAUGGCGGCUCUCAAAAGAAGAUUGUAUUUGGAACUAUCAUUAAUCUUUCUUUUCUUCUUCAUUCUAACAAGAGUGAGAUUGACGGCAGCAAUGCUUUUGCUUGGCAUCCAUAAUGUUUAUAGCAUAAAUCAACAAAUCUUAUGAUUUUUCU